AUGGCCUCCUUCUUCACAGCCACCCUCAAGAGCUUCCAGGGGGGCAAGGACGAGUCCCCCAAGGGGGCCCCCAAGGAUGACAAGGCAGCAGCACUGCCCAGCAGCAUGGCCCGUGAGGAGUUUGAGGAGUACCAGCGGCAGCUGCUGGAGGAGAAGAUCGAGCGGGACAAGGCGUUUGCACAGAGGAAGGCAGAACGGGCCACGGUGCGGAUGCACCUGCGGGACAAGUACCACCUGGCCCAGGACGAGCGGGACGACGCCCAGGUGCACGUGGCCGGAGGGGAGGUGGAGCUGCCGCCGGACCUGGCAGCCAUGGUGCACGGCGAGGAGGAGGAGGAGGAUAGCAGCGCCGGGGCCUUCGCCUUCCUGGCGAAGCUGCGGCAGGUGGAGCUGCCGGCGCUGCGGGACCGCGCCCUGGGCGGCGUGGAUCAGGUCAGGGAGAAGUGCGCCCUGAUGUAG